AGCAUGCUGAUAACUUUAAAAAACAAUUUGAUAGUCAAAAUUUCUACGUAGAACUUCAAGAAAAUAUGGGUAUAGAAUUUCAGGGAAGCAUUGUCGUAGAACCUCAAGAAAAUAUGGGUGUAGAAUUUCAGGGAAGCAUUGUUGUAAAACCUCAAGAAAAUAUGGAUGUAGAAUUUCAGAGAAGCAUUAUCGUAGAACCUCAAGAAAGUUUAGAAUCAGAAUUUCAAGGAAGUGUGAGUGUAGAAUUUCAUGAUAGUGCGGAUGUAGAAUUUCACGAUAGUAGGGAUGUAGAAUUUCACGAUAGUACGGAUGUAGAAUUUCACGAUAGUACGGAUAUAGAAUUUUACGAUAGUGCAGAUGUAGAAUUUCACAAUAGUACGGAUGUAGAAUUUCACGAUAUUAUGGGUGUAGAAUUUCACGAUAGUACCGGUGUAGAAUUUGACGAUAGUACGGGUGUAGAAUUUCAAGAUAUUAUGAAUAUAGAUCCUCAAGAAA